AGAAGAGCAUCCUGGAUGAACCAGACUCUCCUUUAGAGGUGGGUUAUUUGAUCCAUUAUUCUUUUCACACAUCUCCACGCUAUAGUUACAGGGAUUUUUUUAGAUUGAAGAUAUUUCUUGGCUUCAUUACUCACUGUCUCACUGCCUGCUCAGAGGGCAUCUUCAGCACCAAUAGUGAUGGACAGCUCCUCUCUGUUGAGUUACUGAUAUGAGAACGAGUUAGUGAGGGAAAUGCACACCCUAAAAAGCCUCUGCUGAUACAUGUUACCAACUUUUAAAGUUUUUUGUACUGCUUUUAGUUUUUUGUUUCGGUUAACGAAAAUGUCUGUGGACUUUUUGCUUCCAGCUUGUUUUUUCUCUUUUAUUUCGUUGUGAAGGGAAAUAAUGAAAAUUAAAUAGUACAUCGUAAGUGUUUCCACUAAUCAUGCCUUUUGGCUGUAUGCAUUUUGCUCUCCCACUUUAUCUCUUCUUGACACUUAAAACCCUUAAAAUACAUUUUGCAUAUCUUAAUUCCAAUUUUAAUCGAACAUAAAAAUGCACACUUUUAAUUAAAUUGAACUCCUAAAAGCAUCUUAGCUGGCUCAUACACACUCCGAAUUGAUAUUCAAAUAGUUUUUCCCUGUCUUUAGUGACAUCACUUGUUAUUUUCAUAUCCGACUCUAAGGGCCGCUAUUGGUCUUUAUAAAAGCUUUUGAAAUGCAGCUACACCUCCAGUACUUAUCUUAGUGUACCGCGGAGAGCAGGGCUUUCGGUCUUCAUUUUCACCAAUGAUUUGUAUAGGCUUCUAAUGUAUACGUUGUCACACUGUGGAUUAUAAACUCAUCAACAGAAGGACGAUACGGAGUAAUAGACUCUAUUUUUUGCAAUAUAUUUUUCUUUGGAGUUUGUUGGAUUGCUUCUGGAAUAUGCCUUUUAUCAACAGUGAAUCCACGAUUACAUGGCAAGUACGGGCCUUCAUCCUUGUUUUUCUCAUUGAUGCGACAGUCAGUCAGAUCCGUUACUCUGUACCGGAGGAGAUGAGAAAGGGCUCAUUUGUAGGAAAUGUGGUCGAAGAUUUAGGCAUCGACGCUAAAAGACUGAUGACAGGCGGUGCCCGAAUUGUGAGCGGCGAUAGCAGCGAGUAUAUUAGGCUGGAUGCAGACAAAGGGAUUCUUGUCGUGGGAGAAAGAAUAGAUAGAGAGCAGCUCUGCGGGCAGUCAGCGCCCUGUAGCUUGAAUUUUGAAAUGAUUAUGAUGAAUCCAAUGCAACUUCACAGCGUUGUAGUGGAAGUGUUGGAUGUUAAUGAUAAUGCGCCCGUGUUUCAUGAGAAAGAAGUGCGUGUAGACAUACUAGAGUCUGCUCUCCCAGGAACCGAAAUAUUACAAGAGAGUGCCACCGACCCGGAUGUUGGCAUCAACGCUUUACACAGUUAUACUUUACACCCAACAACACAUUUUAAUAUUAAGGUCCUGUCCAGCCCAAAUGGUCAUAAAUAUGCGCAGUUGUAUCUUUCUACUGCUUUAGACCGCGAGAAAGAGGAAAAGAUGCUUCUCACGCUAACUGCUGUGGACGGUGGUGAACCCCAAAGAUCAGGGACACUUAAAAUCCAUGUAACUGUCCGAGACACAAAUGACAACGCUCCAAUUUUUACUCAAUCAAUUUUCAAGGCGUCUGUUAAAGAAAAUGUUCCAAAAGGAACCUUAGUGGUGAGCUUGAGCGCCACCGAUGCAGAUGAAGGGAUGAAUGGCCGUGUCACAUACCACUUUAAUCGCAUGUCUAGUAAUGUUGCUGAACUAUUUAAUCUAGAUGAAAACAGCGGCGAUAUAACUGUAAACGGUAUGAUUGAUUAUGAGGAGAAUAAAAUAUAUGAGAUUGGUGUACAAGCAAAAGACCAAGGGGGACAAAGCACAUCAACAAAUGUUAUAAUUGAGGUGACGGAUGUAAACGACAAUGCACCUGUAAUAACAGUUACCUCGUUCUCGAGUGCCAUCGCUGAGGAUUCUCCCAGUGGAACUACUGUGGCUAUCAUAAACAUCAAAGAUCUAGAUUCAGGCAAAAAUGGCAAAGUAGAGUGCUCAGUUAACGGCAAUAUCCCGUUUGCAAUCCACUCAUCUCUAAAGAAUUAUUAUACUCUAGUAACAAACGGUGUCCUUGACAGAGAGCGUAAUCCCAAUUACAAUAUCACUUUCACGGCUAUGGAUGAAGGUAGCCCACUACUGUCGACUAACAAGACAGUAACACUUCGGGUGUCUGACGUAAAUGAUAACGCCCCCAUGUUUGAACAGAGUUAUUAUGAAGCUAAUGUCAUGGAGAAUAACGCCCCAGGAUUAUCUGUAUUUUCCGUUAAAGCACACGACUCUGAUUCGGGGCAAAACGCACGAGUGUCUUACCUGCUUAUUGAUAAUCAGAUAAACGGUAACCCAAUAUCCACUUACAUAUCUGUUAACGCAGAAAGUGGAGUUAUACACGCAGUUCGAUCAUUUGACUAUGAGCAACUUAAAACUCUAAAUAUUUUUGUAAAAGGACAGGAUGGAGGUUCCCCGCCUUUAAGCAGCAAUACCACAGUUAAAAUAAAUAUCCAAGAUCAGAACGACAACCCUCCUCAGGUUCUGUACCCA